AUGUUGGAGAUUACAAGGCAGGAUUAAGACAAGGGAAUUGGCGAGUGUUGGAUAUUUGUAGAAAUUAGAUUGGAGGAGGUUUGUGCAAAGGAUAUAAAAAAGGAGUUUGGACUGAAGUAGAAAUUUGUAUUGGAUGGCGAAGUUCAUAGUUAUUAAUGGAUUAAUAAUUUUAGGAUUUUAUUACACAAAGGAGAAUAUAAAAAGGGACAGAAAAUUGGAGUCUGGAACAUUUACAAAGAGGGAUCUGAUACUAUAAUAGGUGGAGGGAAUUACAUCUAAGAUUAGAAAGAUGGGAAAUGGACAGAUGUUGAAAUCUAUUGUGGCUAUUAUAGUACAAAGUAUAAAUAAGGAUUUGAUUUUAGAACUUUAAUAUACACUGGAGAUUAUAAUCUUGAUAAAAGGAUAGGUAAAUGGGUGAUAUCAGAGUAAUAAGAAGGAGUAAUUGGAGGAGGAUUAUAUUCUAGAUAAGGGGAGAAGGAAUCUGAUUGGGUUGAAGUAGAGAUGCAAGUUGGAUGGAGAUGUUUUGUGUAAGCAUAUAAACUAUCGAAAAGGAUUAUUAUUUCAGAGGGUGAAUACAGUAGUGGUAAGAGAUCAGGAUUAUGGAUUACUAAAUUGUAUAAAGGGAAUUAAUUAGGAGGAGGAUGUUAUAAUAAGUAUGGAUUUAAAGAGGGUGGAUGGAAGGAAGUAGAAGUGCAUGUUGGAGUUGGAAAAUACUUGACUCUAUUUCAUAUAGGCGAGUAUAGAAGUGGAAUCAGAACAGGCAAUUGGGUGGUUUAAAAUGAACAGAGGGAAGUUGUUUCUUCUGGCUUCUAUACAAAAUCAGGAAGCAAGGAUGGUGAAUGGGUAGAAAUUUCAGCUCAUGAUGGGAUUGAGGAUACAAUUACCUUGUUACAUAUAGGGGAAUACAAUCAUGGAGUUAGGGUUGGCAGAUGGAAUAUUGAAAAAGUAAAUAAAGAGUUAAUUGGAGGAGGCAGUUAUUCAUUGAGCGGAAUUAAGGAAGGCUAAUGGUAAGAGGUGAUAUGUUACAUUGGCUAUAACUCUGAAGUCGUUCUUUAAUACAAUGGAUUAUAUUCGAAUGGAGUAAGAUAAGGAAAAUGGGCAAUAACAAAAGUAGGUGGAGAAUUUAUUGGGGGAGGAUAAUAUAGUGAUUUUGGAACGAAGAUGGGUAAAUGGAUUGAUGUGGAUGUAAGAGUUGGAGGAGGUUGCUCAAUGUAAUUAUAAUUAUAAAAAAAAGAAUUCUUAAAUAUUUUGGAAAUUAUGAUGAUGGAAUACGAACUGGAGAAUGGCAGAUUACUCAACAUGGAUCUAGCACAAUUAAGUAAAUAUAAAAAUGAAAUUUAAGCGGUGGGGGUAGAUACACCUCAAAAGGAAUAAAGGUUGAUGGGUGGAUAGAAAUAGUGCCACAUAUUGGAUAUUGCAAUCUAAUGUAUUACUUUGGUCUCUUUUAUUUAUAGAAUAUUGAAAUACAUAGGGGAAUACAAAAAUAAUACUAGAGUAGGUUCAUGGUCGAUUAUGCAUUAAGAAGAGAUUGGUGGUGGAUCUUAUUUGGUUAAUGGGAUGAAAAAUGGUAAAUGGAUUGAAGUGUUUCAAUAAUACUUUGACAGUUUAACCAUUAUGACAGGGGAAUAUGUGAAUGGAAAUAAAUUGUAUAAUUGGGAAUACGUUGAUAAAUUAUUAAAAGAUUUGUGA